AUGUCCGCCCCUACCAACUCCACCCCCACAGAGACCCCCUCCCUCCUUGGCGCUCACGUCCAGUACGUGAAGGGCGCGGCAGAGGAAACCAUCGGCAACAUCACCGGCUCACCCGCGUGGACCGAGUCUGGCGUAGCCGACAAGAAGGCCGGUGUCGAUGGCAUGAAGGCUGCGAGCGCCAACAGGGACCCUGCGACCGAUGGCUACGGCAAAGCCGAGGAGAUCGCGGGCAAGUUGACGGGCUGCGAGGGCAUGGAGCAGGAGGGUGCGCAGAGCAGGCAGGUCUAG